AUGUCUAUACGCUAUACAGGGUCUAUAGAGCGACCGGUAUUUAUUGACCUGACACAUGACGAGGAGGCUGGCUCCAGCAGAGCGGUUCCGGACCCCUCAUUAUUAAUCGAAAGGAGUUGUGAUCUUACCACUGGUGGCGACGCAUGCUGCGUAGUGCCAGAGCCGUCAUUAUCCAUAGAAAGGAGUUGCGGAUCCGGUGACGAUGUGUCUAGCUGGACAGAUACACAGCUGAACGUUUGGGAGCGUUCGUCUUGGUCCAGCGAGCGAGAGGAGAGGUCUCAGAUAAGGCGUCAGCAGACACCGUUAGCAGAACGAGAAGAUAUCGCCGUCGACGAACGAUCAUCAUCGACGGGGGGUAGACAGACGCCGUUUGCUCUUCAAGCUCAAAAUACUGUCUCGCUAGAUCAACUCAACGCUAUCUUAAGAGAGUCUAAUAUUCCUUUACACGAGUCCAUUGACAGACUGUGGGGUUCUGUCGAUGAGGAAACGAUCGCACUUCAGUCGGAACUGGAGGCUGUGGAGAAGCAGAUCCAGGAUCUACUAGAGAAGCAGACACGCCUGCGAGAAAGAAAAACGGCGCUGGAAACAUCCAGAGCUGACGCUCGCAAAUCCGCGGUAAGUUUUCAUCGCGAUUUUAAUACUCCUUCCACUUCUACUCCGCGUAUCUCUCUGCACAGAGCCCAGGCUUCGAGAACACGGUCAGCCCAAAUGAACUUCACUCCUGCACCGGCACACGCACGGCGAAAGGCGCGAGCCAGGACUGGAGCGAUGACCCAACCGCCGCCACCGGUCUUCGAGAUCCCGACCAGGAACCGCUUUGCCGCCCUCUGCGAGACGGAAUGCAACGCUGUGGUCAUCGGAGACUCAAUCGUCCGGAACGUACGUGCUUCCUCCACUAAAGGUAAGGUGCGCUCUCAUUGUUUUCCUGGCGCACGUGUUCUUGAUGUCUCUGCGCAGGUACCUGCGAUCCUGAAGGACGAUGAUAACGUCGGAGCUGUCGUGCUGCACGCGGGGGUGAAUGACGUCAGGAUGAGGCAGUCGGAGAUCCUGAAGAGGGACUUCAGGAGUCUCAUCGAGACGGUACGCAACGCAUCGCCCACGGCGAGGAUCAUCGUAUCAGGGCCGCUUCCUACCUACCGACGAGGGAAUGAAAAGUUCAGUAGACUAUUUGCUCUAAAUAAAUGGUUGAUGUCAUGGUGUAUUGAACAGAAGCUGCUCUUUGUUAAUAAUUUUGAUCUGUUCUGGGAGCGACCUAGGCUCUUCCGCCCUCACAGCCUGCACCCCAACAGCAUCGGAGCGGUUCUUCUGUCUGACAACAUCUCAAAGACGCUACGCACCGCUUGACUACGUCUCCCAGCGGUAAGUCAAAACUUCAACCAUAGUCUGUGUUCCUCCCACUCAUCUGUUAGAAAUGUUACUGCUUCCAAAUGCAUAGAGACUGUGUCUGUCCCCCGAAUAAUACUACAAAAUAACAAAAUAGCCAAAUCUCAGAGAAAAAAUCUAAUCGUGAUUAAACCUGAGGACAAUGUAAUAAACGACCAAAACAAACUCAUAAAGUUCGGCCUACUUAAUAUUAGAUCACUAAAUUCAAAAGCAGUUAUUGUAAAUGAAAUGAUCACAGACAACAGUUUUGAUAUACUUUGCCUU